AUGGGUAUAUUGCCGCCUAUCGUGUACGCUCUGCUGAGCGGGAUGAACGCAAGCACGGUGGGUAUUGUUGCGCUUGCGGCCGUGCAGCUAGCCGAGAAGGCGAUUAAAGACCGCAUUACGAGGAUCCUCGUGAUCUUCGGGGCGUGUGCGGGUCUGUGCUACAACGCGCUGUGGUAUUUUCCUGCGUUGAUGGCAAUUGGUGGAGCAGCCACGGUCAUCUGGGAUGUCUGGCUGCGUCAGAGAGUCGGGAAGAUCAGAGCGAGGUAUGCGGUCAGGAGAAGAAGAAGAAGAAGCAGGACCGAAGAUGGUAUUGCCGAAGAAACAGCUGCGGCGCAGCAUGUCCCGCCAGGAGAUCAGUUGCAGCUCGAGCGCCCGGCAGCUGUAAAGCGGCGCCCACAAGUAGAGAAUUCCACGGACCGUAUACUGCCAGUGGAGGAAGGAGUAGGUCCGAGCCGCUCAGCAGAGUGCCGCAACACAGAGGAGAUGGCCAAAGCCACGCCAGUUACGGACAUCCGAACGUACAAUCUCUCCAUCAAGAUCGGCAUCUCGGUCAUCGUAGGUUUUUUCCUCUCCUUCAUUGUCGUCAUGGUCAUACGAGGCACAAUCGCCACACGCGCCCUCACAUAUGAUCUCUUCACCAACAUGUACCUCGCGGGGACCAUCAUCUUCGGGGGCGGUCCAGUCGUCAUCCCGCUCCUACGCUCCUACGUCGUCGACCCGGGGUGGGUAUCGCCCCGAAACUUCCUCCUCGGUCUGGCCAUGAUUCAAGCCUUCCCUGGACCAAACUUCAACUUCUCCGUUUACCUAGGUGCGCUAACCCUCGCAUCCACGCGCGUCCCCACCAUCUCCGGCGCACUACUAGCUUUCGUAGCGAUUUUUCUGCCCGGCCUCGUUCUUGCCGUGGGCGCGCAGUCGAUCUGGCAGGUUGUGAGGACGAAAGCCUGGGUUUUGAGUUUGCUGAGGGGUGUUCAUGCUGCGGCCGUGGGCUUGGUAUUCACUGCGGUGUAUCGGCUGUGGGAAAUCGGAUAUCUUACGGCCGAAAGGAGCGAUGGGAAAAGUCUUGCAGAGGAACCUUGGUGGGUUGUCGUCGCUGCCAUCACGUAUGCAGAGACAGCGUGGUUCCACUUUCCGCCAGCGCUGGCGAUCAUUCUUGGUGCUGUGCUAGGUAUAGGCUGGUACGGUGCUGUUGGUUCAUGA